CUGCCAGCCCGAGGACGGAGGAUGACUUGUGGGGAGCUGGUCAUACUUACCACGAAGAGGGGGCCUCCCCUGCAUCAUAAGCCAGCCUGCCCUUGGUUCCUGCCUGCUGUCCCCCACACCUGUUUGACCAGUGGGACGCACAGGUCACAACAGCAGAAAUGACCAUUGGACUUCCGCCCCUUGCUCUACUUCUUUGUCCAACAGCGAUUUUGCUGACUUCCUGAAAAAGACCAGUUGCUUGGCCUCUUGGCCUGCUUUAUCAGCAGUCCGCUCACUGCUUCCCUGGGUCAGGUCCUCUCUUUGAACAAGUUUAGUAAGUGCCCUGCCGGCCUGUGCAGGAGCUAUUAGGUAGAGCUCCUGCAUUGCUGGUGUCUCCUGCUAGAGACGGUAGACAUCAGUAACGGCAGCUGCUGUAACAAACAAGCCCUCUUGCAGCUUAGAGUAACCCAAUGCAGAUCUGAUUCUCACUCACGGAAUAGUUCAGCUGGGCGUUACUGGUCAGCAGGCUGCGUCCAGCGUGAGCUCGGUCACCUUCUGAGGCCACAGAAUCCACCACAAAGAAAGGGUGGAGAACCUCUAUGUGCUCCUUAAAGGCACCAGGCAGAGUGACACCCAGUGCUUCUAUCCACAUUCCAUUGGCGGCAGGAAGUCACAUCUCUGGAUGGGAAGGGGCUGGGAAAUGAUGUCCUUGGCCAGGCUGGGGUACACCUGACAAGCCCACAUCUCCAAUGGGAAUGCACUAACUUCUGGUGGGAGGGCAGCCGCGUCGCCACAUCUCUUUGUGUCUCUGCAUCUGGGUCUGCCGCUCUCUUCAUCUUCUCUCUCUUCCUCUUGCCUUUGUCUGUCCUUCUGGAUCCCACACAGAUCAUUCUGGCAGAUUUCCCCCCAGUGGAGUCCCCAGGUGGGUACAGGUACCUGAAGGAGUCGUUUAUGCCACAAUCACCUUGGGUACUGCUUGUCCCAGAGCGGGAAUGCCGGUGAUCCCAUCUGCUGCCUGGCCCUCUCUGAGGCGGGGUGCAUGCCCCGAGGGUGGCUGCCGCCCUCUUCGUGUCCUCUUGCAUGGGUUCUGCACGCACACGCCGUGUGCUGUCCCUCUGCAGACCCCUGCCUGUAGCCUCCAAACAGAUGGCUAGAGGAUGCAGAGCGUGGCAUGGCUGUCCUGCCCUCUGUUCCCGAGGACAUGCCACAGGACACAGUGGGUGCAGUCUCCACCUGGGGACAGCAAAAAGGGGUUUGGAAUUAUCUGAGCAUCCUGCCUUUCACUCCUGUUCAUCCUGCAACCUCUAGAAGCCAAGUACCUGUUUAAGAAUACCCUACAUUUAUGGUUGGGCCGUGAUCACUCUUUUUUUUUUUUUUUUUUUUUUUUGUGGUACGCGGGCCUCUCACUGCUGUGGCCUCUCCCGUUGCGGAGCACAGGCUCCGGACGCGCAGGCUCAGCGGCCAUGGCUCACGGGCGCAGCCGCUCUGCGGCAUGUGGGAUCUUCCCGGACCGGGGCACGAACCCUGUCCCCUGCAUCGGCAGGCGGACUCUCAACCACUGCGCCACCAGGGAAGCCCCGUGAUCACUCUUAGAGAUAAAUAAAAUGGUCAAUACAUUUGCCCUAGAUUUCCUCCAAGCUGUUCCCCAUCGCCCUUGGAGGCAGAGGGGUGGAUGUUAGAAUUCUCCAUGGAACAUGUGGGGCAACCCCAGAAGCACAGAACAGCCGGGGGCGGGGAGGAGGGGGGCGGGAUUCGGCCAGCUUCUUCACACUAAUCUCUGUAGCCUCGCUUAUUAAUCUUUAUCACUGGAAGAGCUAUCCCAGUGACUACAUCAUUCUUAUUUCAUUUAUUGUGCAGCUAAUGCAGUGCUGACAAGGGGUACAUUUUUUACAGAAUCACCCUGAUCCUACCACCAGAUCAAACCAACUAUUUUGAGUUCUCUCUGAGCCUUUCAGUACUGUUCUCUUUGUAUAGAUAAUUUUAAUUGUGCUUUCUCACUUACUGUCUUAUCUUAAGGAGAUUCUCAAGUUGCAGACUAGUCUUCAGAGCUUUCACUGAUUACGGUUGCACGGUACGCUGGAUGAAAUCAGACUUUCCUGAGUCUCCUUCUGCUGACUGUUCAAUAGCACUUGAAGAAAUAUCUUAAUGCAUGUAACCUUCCCCACUUCCUUCCUUUUUUAAAAACUAGUUUCUUAGGAUAAACUCCCAGGACUGGGAUUAUUGGGUCGAAGGGUAUGAAUGUUUUUAUGGCGCUCGAAACAGCAGGCUGACAGGUUGGUUCCUGAGAGGCUGGCGUUCAUUUAUAUUGCCACCAGCCAUACGAGAGAGUUCAGGGUCCCCUACUGGGUAGCACCACUAUUUUCAGUCUUUGUUUAUUUAAUAGGUAUAAAAUUGUGAACUAUGCAACUUUUUUAUUAAGCCAGGAAGGGGAGUAGUAUCACAUUGCUUUUCAAGAAGACUGAUAUUAAAAUAGUCAAGGUAUUAUUUUUAAAAAUAUUAAAGCAAAAUAAAACACAUUUUCAUUGGCAUUGUAGCCAGAGUAACUGUGGCCGUGGCCUCAUUCUAAUUCAAAUGAGGUUCUGUUUUCUUAGUAUUGCAGGAACCUAGCUAUGCAGGUAGUUUAAGAGGCUUCUGGAGAAGAGAAGAUGGGGGACCCAUGGGCUGUCUCUUUUCUGAUGGGUAAUGUGGAGAAGAAAGAGAGGUUCCAUUCACUCUGACUCAAGGGGACAGAACGUGUCUGUAGAAGUCACAGGGAAGUAGAUGUGACUUUCUAACUGUUAGAGCUGCCCAGUAAUAGAAGGAAUUGUCCAGCAGUCGGGCGGUAUGAGCUCCCCGUCCACGGGGGGAUUCAAGCAGAGGCUGGGGCAGGGUUACGACAGACAGGAUUCCGGUGCUGAGCCAGGGGUUGGACCUGGAUCCUGAGGUUCUCCUUUCUCCGUGUCCUGCAUUUCGGGGUUUGAUUGACUGAUUUUUUUCUGCACCUAGUUUUUGUUGGCCUUGAAUAGCGCAGUGAGGCCUGGGGAACAGAGAAAUUCUUGCAGGGUGGUGGAGGCAGAAACCGAGGCAUGCAGAGCAGGCACAGGAUCGGGUGCAAUUUGAGGACGGAGAGGCCGUGAGCAGUUCCUACGAGUCCUACGACGAGGACGAAAGCAGCAAGGGCAAGUCGGCCCCCUACCAGUGGCCCUCGCCCGAGGCCAGCAUCGAGCUGAUGCGCGACGCCCGCAUCUGUGCUUUCCUGUGGCGCAAGAAGUGGCUGGGCCAGUGGGCCAAGCAGCUCUGCGUGAUCAAGGACACCAGGCUCCUGUGUUACAAGUCCUCCAAGGACCACAGUCCUCAGCUGGACGUGAACUUGCUGGGCAGCAGUGUGGUGCACAAGGAGAAGCAAGUGCGGAAGAAGGAGCACAAGCUGAAGAUCACCCCCGUGAGCGCCGACGUGAUCGUGCUGGGCCUGCAGAGCAAGGACCAGGCUGAGCAGUGGCUCAGGGUCAUCCAGGAGGUGAGUGGCCUGCCUUCUGAAGGAGCUUGUGAGGGAAGCCAGUACACCCCAGAUGCCCAGCGCCCGAGUUGUCCGAAACCAGAUGUAACUGAGAAGUACCUGUCAGCCUCGGACUAUGGAAGCUCCAUAGAUGGCCACCCUGAGGUCCCAGAGACCAAAGACGUCAAGAAGAAAUGUUCUGCUGGCCUCAAACUGAGCAACCUAAUGAACCUGGGCAGGAAGAAAUCUACCUCGCUGGAGCCUCCGGAAAGGUCCCUCGAGACAUCCAGUUACCUGAACGUGCUGGUGAACAGCCAGUGGAAGUCGCGCUGGUGCUCCGUCAGGGACAGUCACCUGUACUUCUACCAGGACCGGAACCGCAGCAAGGCGGCCCAGCAGCCCCUCAGCCUGGUGGGCUGUGAGGUGGUACCGGACCCGAGCCCCGACCACCUCUACUCCUUCCGCAUCCUCCACGAUGGCGAGGAGCUGGCCAAGCUCGAGGCCAAGUCUUCCGAGGAAAUGGGCCACUGGCUAGGCCUCCUGCUUUCUGAGUCGGGCUCCAAGACAGACCCAGAAGAAUUCACUUACGACUACGUGGAUGCCGACAGGGUUUCCUGUAUCGUAAGCGCCGCCAAAACCUCUCUGCUACUGAUGCAGAGAAAGUUCUCAGAGCCGAACACUUACAUUGACGGCCUGCCCAGCCAGCAUCACCAGGAGCUACUGUAUGAUGACGUGGAGGUGUCAGAGCUGACGGCUGUGGGGGAGGCCCCUGAGGAAGCUGCUCCUGCGACAGAUGCCCCGAGUGAGCCUGACCCCGACCGCGUAUACCUGGACCUCACGCCCGUCAAGUCCUUCCUGCACGGCACCGGCGGUGCACAGGCCCGGGCCCCCUCGCCCACGCUGCCCCAGCCGGACCCUCCGGCCGAGGCCCUCCCUGCAGACCUGAACCCCACCCCCGAUGAGCCCCUCAUGGUGUCUCCAGAGAACCCCGAGUUGCAGGUACAGGGGGCCCCCCAGCAGGUGAGCUGGCCUCACCUUCUGGGGUGUCUCGGCCAGCUGGGUCCUGUUUGCUUUCUCCCAAAGCAGAUGCAGCAGGAGAGUCAGGAACCUGAGGAGCCUUCCCUGGGAAUCACGGCAGUCAAAAUCCAGACUGAACAGCAGAAGAUCUCCUUCCCACCGAGCUGCCCUGACACUGUGCCCAUCACCCCAGCCGGGGCCAGCCCACCUGUGAAAGACAGGUUGAAGGCAACCAAUGCAGAGAUCAAACUUGGCAAGAACAGGACAGAAGCCGAGGUGAAGCGGUACACAGAGGAGAAGGAGAGGCUUGAGAAGAAGAAGGAAGAAAUCCGGGGGCACCUGGCUCAGCUCCGGAGGGAGAAACGGGAGUUGAAGGAGACCCUGUUGAAGUGUACAGCCGACUGGCUUCUCUCUGCAGACAAGGGGGCGGCAGCCAGCCUGGAGGAGAAGCUGAAGGAGAUCGAUGAGGAGUGCAGGGUGGAGGAGCGCAGGCGCGUGGACCUGGAGCUCAGCAUUGUGGAGGUGAAGGACAGCCUGAAGAAGGCCGAGGCCGGGCCCGUGACGCUGGGCACAACUGUAGACACCACCCACCUGGAGAACGUGAGCCCCCGACCCAAAGCUGCCACCUCGACUCCUGCCCCGGACUGUACCCCAGUCAACUCCGCAACUGCGCUCAAGAACAGGCCUCUGUCGGUCAUGGUCACGGGCAAAGGCACCGUCCUCCAGAAAGCCAAGCUUCUUCUAGGAAUAUGUAGGUUGGCUACGGAGGAUAACUAACUUUCUUCUUUUGGGGGGAUGCUGGUGUUUGAAUGGUACCCUAGGAAUGGGAGAAGAAAGGAGCAAGUUAGGAAACAAACUUCAUCUAGAGACUCUCCUGUCAAUAUGGACCUUGGUGACAAUCCUGCUUCAUUACAGUCUUCGUUAAAGCAGCAACUCUGUAAAAGGGUGAGUCUGUUUACAAGAAAAAGGAAGGACUGGGGUUCUAUGAAUGGAAAACUUCAGCUAAGAGGAGGCUCUGUCCCUUUGCAGAGCCAAAGGAAGUAAUACGACAACAACAACAAAAAAGACUUGUUUGGAGACCUAAGUCUAUUGGUUGUAAACAUUACAUUGCUGUAUUUAGGGGUAUUCUGUGUUUCUUCCUUGAAGUUUUCAGCAAUUGCUUUAUCAAGCUUUUUAAGUGAAAAGAUUCUGAUAUGGAGACUUUGGUGGAAGAGAAAUUAAGGUAGCAGGGCCCUGUCCCACUGGUCACAUGGCUUUGGUGAUUGAGAAGGUCUAAACCCCUAUCUGAUUCUUAGCAGCGUCAGGGGUUAAACCGUCCUUGUCUUCAACUGUGUAAAGCCAUCUAUGGUUUUUUGAGAAAUGGUAACGGGGAAAACAUUUGGGACCAAGCUGAGGCACUGUUGCCAGUAAAUUAAGGACUUUUUUCAGGCUAAAGCAGGCCAGAACCAAUUGCUUUUAAAUAAAAUUUUAAGUGAUGCUGUAUUACAUAGAAAAAAAAGUUUCAAAUCCUGUAAUUUAGAACAGUGAAAAGUGACUGUUGAGAUUUAACUGACAUUUUACAUUACCAUAGAAACAAGAUUACCCUGUGUUUACAGAUUCAGUCCUGCGGUGAGGCGAUUUCUAAGAGAAGAGUUACUUAGUAUAAUGUUCUCUUAGUCCCUGUUUUUUUAAGUUGUGCUCGAUGUCCAGGCCCUUAUCCAAGAAAAAGAGGGGCGAGUUUUGUUUCUGGUGGUCUCUUUCUUCUCUUAAAAUUGGCAGUGCUGUUCUUUGUGUUGCCCGUUCUUCUCUUCUGAUGGCACUGGUUAACACAGGUUGGAACAUUUCACCUGUCAUCUCUCAGCCUCAUUUCUGGGGGUUCUGAAUCAGAGUUCUUUAACACUGGUUCCUGAGAACUAAAGGUCUUUUGAGUCUUAUUGUCUUUCUAAUCCCAGGGCAUUUAUUUCCUUUGUCAUAAACACUUGGUGUCCCAAGUGGUGAGUUAGUUUUGGUUUUUUUUUUUUAAUAAAAUGUUAAUUGUA